UCGGCUUUGCGCCAUGGAGGACUGCUGUUCCCCGGAAAGCGAGAGGAUGGAAGCGUGGCUGGACGACCACUUGGAGUUCACCCGCUCCUACUUUAUCAGGAAGGCGUCAAGGGAGAUGGUGAACGCCUGGUUCGCUGAGCGCGUCCACUCCAUCCAGCCUUCCAGAGAAAAUCCUCCACAGCAGUGGGCCCACCAGUCCUCCACAGACCCCGCUCCCCUCUCUGCUUCCUCCAUCCUCCCACCCACCCUCAGCCUCCUGGACAACCGCUGCCCGUCCCCAGCCACCGUCCCCAGCCCGGCCCCGAGCACCCCGACUCGCAAGAUCUCAGCAUCAGAGUUCGACCGCCCGCUCAGACCCAUUGUGGUUAAAGACGCUGAGGGCUCUCUGACGUUUCUGAGCGACACUGACCGAGAGACCGUCCCUCUGCGGGGCUCAGUGAUGGGUGAGGGUGGUGUCGGCGGGGGAGGUAAUGGAGGCGGAUGCAGCGGGGCAGGUAGUGGCGGCGGGGGUGACCGCUGCGCCAGGCUGCUGGAGCUGGUGAAGGACGUGUCGAGCCAUCUGGACGUGACAGCACUCUGCCACAAGAUCUUCCUCCACAUCAACGAGCUGAUCGCUGCGGACCGCUACUCGCUGUUCCUGGUGGGCGAGGACAGCUCCAACAGGAAGUUCUUGGUCAGCCGCCUGUUCGACGUAGCUGAGGGAUCCACGCUGGAGGAGUCCUCGAGUAACUGCAUCCGGCUGGAGUGGAACAAGGGCAUCGUGGGACACGUGGCCGCCACGGGACAGCCGCUCAACAUCAAGAACGCUUACGAGGACCCCAGGUUCAAUGCUGAGGUGGACUUGAUCACAGGUUACAAAACCCAGAGUAUCCUUUGCCUUCCCAUCAAGAACCACAGAGAAGAGGUGGUUGGAGUAGCUCAGGCUAUCAAUAAGAAAUGUGGGGAUGAUGGUGCCUUCACUGACCAAGAUGAAAAGGACUUCUCGGCCUAUCUGGCCUUUUCGGGCAUCGUCCUGCACAACGCUCAGCUCUACGAGACGUCGCAGCUGGAAAACAGACGCAAUCAGGUGCUGUUGGACCUGGCCAGUCUCAUCUUUGAGGAGCAGCAGUGUCUGGAGGUCUUACUGAGGAAGAUCGCGGGAACCAUCCUCUCCUUUAUGCAGGCGCAGGCUUGUACCGUCUUCAUCGCUGACGAAGACUCCAUGAACUCCUUCUCCAGUGUCUUUCACAUGGAAUACGACGAGCUGAGUGAAGUCCUAGACGCCCCCAAAAGGGACUGUGACGUCAGUCAGAUUAACUACAUGUACGCCCAGUAUGUUAAAAACACCAUGCUGCCUCUCAACAUUGCAGACGUCACAAAGGACCAGCGCUUCCCCUGGACAGGUGAAAACCCAGAUCACACCAGCAACCAGAUCAAGAGUUUGCUCUGCACGCCCAUCAGGAAUGGCAAGAAGGACAAAGUGAUAGGUGUGUGUCAGUUAGUGAAUAAGAUGGAUGAGGCAUCAGGCAGCGUGAAGGCCUUCAACAGGAACGACGAGCAGUUCCUGGAGGCGUUCGCCAUCUUCUGCGGCCUCGGCAUCCAGAACACGCAGAUGUACGAGACAGUGGAGAGAGCCAUGGCCAAGCAAGAGGUCACGCUGGAGGUGUUGUCCUACCACGCCUCCGCCGCGGAGGAGGAAUCGCGGGAACUCCAGGUAACCGCGGUAGCCAUGGUGCCGUCAGCCCAGUCGCUGCGUCUUCUGGACUUCAGCUUCAGUGACUUCGACUUGUCAGACACCGAAACCACGCUGGCCACUGUCCGCAUGUUUGUCGACCUCAACCUGGUCCAGAACUUCCAGAUGAAGUACACGAGUUUAUGCCAGUGGAUUCUGAGUGUGAAGAAGAACUACAGGAAGAAUGUGGCUUAUCACAACUGGAGGCACGCCUUCAACACCGCUCAGAGCAUGUUCGCCCUCCUCAAGUCCGGACGCUUGCAGAAUAACCUGAAUGAUAUGGAGGUCUUGGCUUUAAUGAUUGCAACUCUCAGCCACGACCUGGACCACAGAGGAGUCAACAACUCCUACAUACAGAGGAGCGACCACCCACUGGCCCAGCUCUACUGCCACUCCACCAUGGAGCAUCACCAUUUUGACCACUGCCUCAUGAUCCUCAACAGCCCUGGCAACCAGAUCCUGAGCGGUCUCUCGCUAGAUGAGUACAAGACCACUCUGAAGAUGAUCGAGAGGGCUAUUCUGGCCACCGACCUGGCCCUGUACAUGAAGAGGCGCGGGGAGUUCUUUGAGCUCACCAAGAACAGUCAGUUUGUUUGGGAGGACGAACAUCACAGAGACUUACUGAGGUCAAUGCUGAUGACUGCGUGCGAUAUCUCAGCCAUCACCAAGCCAUGGCCAGUGCAGAAAAGGAUUGCGGAGCUGGUAGCGACAGAGUUCUUCGAGCAGGGGGACAAGGAAAGACGCGAGCUGAACAUUGAGCCCAGUGACCUAAUGAAUCGUGAGAAAAGAGAUAAGAUUCCCAGCAUGCAGGUGUCCUUCAUUGAUGCCAUCUGCACUCAGUUAUAUGAGACCUUGGCUGGCAUGUCGGAGUAUUGCUCCCCGUUGUUGGAAGGAUGUCAGAAAAAUCGGCAGCAUUGGAAGCGUUUGGCCGAGGAGUGCGAGAAGGGGCUGGUCAACGGCUUGGUGUGAUGCCACACCAUUUUGGUUUUCAACCAACACAUAUUUCCAGGGUUUGCCUUGUGCAACCAGGUCUCACAAAAUUUCAUUAAAUUAGCAUGACACGCAAGGACAAAUAACACACUUUAUGCACGGAAAGUGGCCAAAAAAUUAAUUUUCCUAUCAGGAAAAGAUUAUGUAUUGGGAAAAAACACUGGAUUUGGUUUGACAGCGACAGGGCAGAUACACUUGCCUUCAACUUUUGCAACCUUAAAGUAGGUUUUCUAACUCUUCAAGAAUAAUUCCAGGCUCUUACAAAUUCGGCCUUAUUUUUGCAGGUUUGGCCAUCAUUUCUAUUUGGAAUAAUAAGAUUGUACUAAACCAGGUUAAUUGCUCAGAUCUGGGAGUGCAGCAGCAUCACUAAACAAGACUUAGAACCAUGCUAGCCUAGCAGUCAGGCUUUACUUAGGCACAGCAGUGGUUUGAGCUAAAUGCUAACAUAAGUAUGCUAACCGGUUCACCAGGACAAUACGAGCAUGCUGAUGUGUAGGGUACCGUGGUGAGAUACUAUAUCUUUCCCAUGUUCGCCAUCUUAGUUUUGUGUGUUAGUAUGCUAACGUUUGCUAAUUAUGCCUAAACACAAAGAAAACCAAGGUGAAUGAUAAAAUUACCCACCAAAAUGUCCUGUAAACAUCCAUCACAGUUUAUUGGACUUAACGUUUAUUGUAAAAAAUUACUUUCGAGGUUUGGAUAAUCUGUUUACAGCCAUUGUGAUCAGCUCUUAUCCUGCUAGACUUUAGCGAUGCCACCACGUUCCCUGAUCUCAGCAGCAACUUUGGGGAGUGCAUAUCAAAACAGAUAGAAAUGAUGCUCAAAACUACAAAAACAAGACCCAACGCGUUUUAUUCCUUAACAGAAAACCUGAAACAAAUUGCAUGUUAUGAGUAUAACUGUUAGCUAACUCAUGGCAAAGUGACAACGACGUGCAAUUUUGUGUUCAUAAUGCGGACUCCUUGUUUCAAAGGUCGUGCUCAAUUCGCCAAGCUUUGCGAGACUUGUCUUCCCGUCACAAUCAUCCGUUCAUGGGCUUUCACUCACCAGAGAAAAUAGCAGUCAGCACUAAGAUAUAUUUAUACCAUAGCCAUUUUUAUUUUUGCACAGAGUGGCUUUCAUCGUGGAGUGUCACCUACACUCUCUCACGGGUAGUGAACUGUAGGGGAAGGCACCAUUACAGUGGGAUUGUACGCAUAUCUUUACAGUGUCACAAUAAUCUGAUAAGCUUGUUAAAUGUCUGUCACAGCACACGGUUUGAGUCUUUUGUAACGUUUCACUCAUUGUCUUAACUAUUGCAUAUUUAUUUUUUGUUUUAUAUAUUUAUUAGAGUUUAUAUAUUGUAAGGUCAUCCUUUUAUCAGGAGCACACACUUCUUUAUAUAGGAAAUGUAGUUUUCAUACUUAAAAUAAAUCCCUUCCACCGCUUUUUUGAAGGACCUUUCGUAGUAACAACUCUUUCAGAUGACAUUUGGAAGUGUACUGUAUUGUGUUAUUUGAAUUUUUUUUUUUUUAUGUAAAAGAGCCAAAGACUAGGCUAUCAAUUUCAAAGGGAAAUGGGUCUAGAUUUUUCCACUGCCUUGUUGUGAUAACAGGACCAAUUCACCAUUCAAAUAAAAAAAACUUUUUAUUUGUCCACAUGCUUUUCCCCUAUAAGAGAUUCUUUUAUAUCUCGUUUUUAUAGCU